AUGACGUUGUCAUUAUCUUGUACUUUUUUCUUCAAUAUAUUUUACUAGUUUUUAUUCACGCAUGUUUCAUGUGUCUGUUAUUGAAUACAACUUUGGUUGAAAUGAAAACACCUAGAAGGAUUUGGGUGGGACCGGUUAGGAAAUACACGAAAAGAAACGCAGAUAAAGUAGAAGAGAAAUCUUAUACCAAGCGUAGUGAACAACCAAUAGAAGACGACGUUAUCACCCAGAAAGUUGAACCCAAAAUUCAAACAAACUCGUCUUCUCUUAUCCAAAGCGUUGAUUUCGUCUUGGUCUAUGAUAAGAAGCAUGUCAACGAAGAGGCGUAUAACAAAAUCGAAACUUUCGUUUUCAACUUGGAGCAUAAGGGGUUCUUGCUAGAGUCUACACCUUUCUCUGCAAACGACGACAUUAACUUUAUCAAAAUCCAUGCUCCCACAGAAAUUCUUGUCCAAUUUGCCGAGCUUUUUGGUAUAGAGUUAACUUUUCAGCGCGUUGAUUAUAAAAUUCGACCUUCCAAACCGUACAAGUUUAUGGCAACGGAACUGACAGUUCCUGAUCCAUUCGGAGCUGUUUUUGCAAGAGCAAGGGACACUAUUUUAGGGAUUACUCCGAGGACUAUAACCAACGCUGAGAAAGGUCUGGUUAUCUAUAAGGUGUUAUCACAAAACCCGUUCGGGGACAGUCGGCACGAAUACGGUAUUGAUAAACUGAUAAAUGGUAAGGUGUUUUUGGACGCGUAUCCGUUGCACGAUGGGUCCUGGAAAUGGACAGAAGAAGGUCCUUUGAAUGACCGACAGCUGCUGGCUAGGUACUGGAGUAACCUAAAGUGUUGGUACAAGCAGCAACCUCUAGACGUGAUUGAACAGUACUACGGACCAGAAGCUAGUUUCUAUUUUGCUUGGGUAGGCUUCUACAACAAAAUGCUCCUUCCGGCUUCAGCAAUAGGUUCUGUGCUUUUCUUUCUUGGAAUGAUAAGCUUCUACCACACCUUUACAGUUCGAAAUAAAGAGAUUUGUGAAAGCAACCUGCUGCUAUGUCCCAGGUGUCUAGCAGAACAUUGCAAAUACGAACCUCUGGAGAACUCCUGUUUCCAUGCAAAGUUGAUGUACCUUCUGGAUAACCCACUGGUGAUAACUUUCGCUGCUUUGAUGUCCAUUUGGUCAACCAUUUUCUUGGAACUGUGGCGACGAGAAGAAGCGAUGUUGCAAAUCAGGUGGAAUUUGAGGUCCGUGGAAGUGGACAGCUCCAUGAGACCAGAAUUCGAAGAAAAGGCCACGAAUUUUAGAUUUUCUACUAUAACCGGAAGCACGGAACCAUACAUGCCCAAAAAACAACUGUGUUACAGAUACGCCAUCACAUCCGCUGCGAUCAUACUGCUGAUCAUUUUAAUGGUACUUGGGAUUCUGGCAGUUAUGAUUUAUGUUAAAACAGUGUCUGUGGUACUAACGACACACGCCGAUGAAGUUAAAGUUCCCGUAGGACUAGUAGCUUCUGUUUCAGGUUCAAUGAUAUCCGUGUGUCUCAUACUCGUCUUCGAAAUGUUUUAUGAAAAAAUUGCAAUGUGGUUAACGCGUAUGGAAAAUCCGAGAACCCAAAUAGAAUUCGACAAUUCUUUCACAUACAAAAGCUACGCGCUGGCGUUUGUUAAUAACUACAGCGUCAUUUUUUACCUAGCAUUUUUAAAGGCCAGAUUCUACACGUAUCCGGGAGACAAAGCCAUUUUUAAGGAAGCUGCAGGUAUUGGGUCAGAUCUGUGUGACCCUUCAGGUUGCAUUGUCGAGCUAAGUAUUCAACUAUUCUUUAUACUCAUGGCGAAGAGAUUAGUUCUAACAGCCAAGCAAUAUAUCGUCCCACAACUUAAACUAUUUCUGACUAAAUUUCGUCAUAGGAAAACAAUGGAUCCGAAUGUCACGUUACAAUGGGAGAAAGAUUAUUUGUUAAAUGCGGUGAUCAAGUACCAUAUGAUGUCCGAAUACAUGUCCAUGAUUAUUCAGUACGGGUUUGUGACUUUUUUUGUGGCUGCUUUUCCACCCGCACCUCUCCUGGCACUUUUCAAUAAUCUGAUCGAACUCAGAGUGGAUGCUUUCAAAAUGACCAACGCUUUUAGGCGACCGGUGGCUUUCAAAGUUCCGAGUUUGGCAGCCUGGAACGGGAUUUUGCAAGGAAUUACUUAUAUAGGAGUAGCUACUAACGCUUUUGUCAUCGCUUUCACUAGCGAAUUUGUACAGAGGGAAAUUUAUAGACAUUCGGUUAAAUAUAAUUUAGAAGGAUAUAUCACUACUUUGUUAUCAGUAUAUAACGUAAGCGAAUUUCCUUUCACGUACGAAGCUCGUCGAAACGUCAGCGUUUGCUAUUACCCCGGAAAGCGAUAUCCUCCGGAUCACCCACUCAGAUACCAACUGACCGAUGAUCACUGGUACACCGUAACAGUAAAAUUUCUCGCCGUGGUUCUGUUCGAACAUAUUGUCAUGUUGAUAACGGGAAUAAUAGCCUACGUAAUUCCUGAUAUACCAUUUUCAGUUAAAGAACACAUAAAUUUCCAACGAGACCAACUCAAAGAGAUCAAACUGAAAACUUUACACGACACUUAUCUCAAGCAACAAGAAACCGAUAAAACGAAUAUAUUUAGCGAAAUUUAAUUUUAAGGUUAUUAACAGAGUUUGUAUUGA